AUGGCGGCUUGGCUAUUUGCCACGGUUCUGGCCGCCGUCGCUGCUGUGUGGAAGAUCUGGCAACUGUUCCAACAAGUGGUCUGGCGACCGUACGUCGUCACCAAGAGGCUCCGACGAGAAGGCGUGCGGUGCCGGCCGCACUCCUUCGUUUCCGGGUCCAUGGAGGAAGUAAAGAGGCUUCAGUCAAUGAAGUGUGCAGAUUUCCGAUUGAGUUUUUGGGCUAGGGAUUUCAAAAUUAGUAGGGAUAUGAGGAUUUUAAGGUUUGGGAAUUAA